AUGAUGCAUUUAGCAAUUGCCAACUUAUUUAUUUCCUUGUUUGAUGACAAUCAGAGAAGGGGAGCACUCCAGGACAUCCUGGCCAAGCUGAAGAUGGAGCAGCACAAAAGCAUGAAGCUGGGGUUGAGGGAUCUUCAGGAAAUCAACCCAGAAAGUCUAAAGGACUGGACUCCUCGGGCAUUAGGGGAUUUACCGUGGCAUUUUCUGAGGAAGGUCAUGGCUCUGAAUGGGACGGCCAGAAACACAAACUUUUGGCAGGGAGCAACUGGUGACCAAGCCAGCAGUGAGGAGAAUGGGAGACAAGGUGGUGGUGGCAAUGUUCUUCACCAUAGCAACUCAGAUGCCAGAGAUUCUCUGCACCCCCUCGAUGUUCUCUGUGCCGUUCUGUUUUGCUCAGACAGUUUCCUACAGCAGGAGAUCCUGUCCAAAAUGUCCAUGUGCCAGUUUGCCCUCCCUUUGCUGCUGCCUGCCCUCGACACCCCCAAGUGCACCCUGAUGCUGUGGGCCAUGAGGGACAUUAUGAGGAAGUGGAGGCCGCACUCCCUGGCAGACAGCAGAGGGUUCAGAAAGGAGAGCCUGGUGCUCAUGUCCGUGCCAACCAUUUCCUUUGUGCGGCUGGGGAGCUGCAACUUCUCCAAGUCCAAACUCCUCAAUGAGGUUCUCAGCCCCUCCCAGCAGCACCACAAUUUCUUCAUCCAUCGGGACAUGGAGUCUGGGAACGUCCCUCGGGAAAUCGCAGAUGGGCUGGUUGAGAUUUCCUGGUAUUUCCCUGCUGGAAAUGAGGAUUCAGAUCUUUUCCCAGAGCCCAUUGCGGUUACAAACCUGCGUGGAGACAUUGAGUCCCACUGGCUGCAGUUCAGCUUUUUAACAGAGAUCUCCUCAGCAGUGUUCAUAUUAACGGAGAGUAUCAACGAGAGACAAUACGCGCUCUUAUCAUCCCUGCAGGGAUCAGCCACUAAAUACUACUUCAUCCUCAGUGCCCAGGCUGAGCAAUGCAGUGAAACUCUGGGUUUCCUUAAUAAAUUAGCCCCAGUGCUGAAACUGAACAAAUUAAAUGUGCUGGAGAAAAGCAAUGACACAAAUGAGACAGAAUUCGUAGAAAAUCUCCAGCGCAUGAUACGAAGCAUAAUGAACUCCUCUAACAAGAGAGGAAAUAUGGAAGCUGUGGCUACGGCAGCACGUGAAUUAGGUGUCCUUGUAGAUGAGGACUGUGAGGAAUGUCAGAGCGGAAGCAUGUGGGCUAGAGAAAUUACCGUGAACAUGAGAGAUGUGACCAACUGCAAGGCAGAAAUGCUGAAACUCCAAGGAGAUCUGUGGAAUACCUUGACUAAAGUAGAAAAAGAGCUGUGCAGAAUGAAAGAACAAGGGACCGUCCCUCCUGAAGACUAUAAAAUGCAGCUGAAAGAAAAACUGUCAGAGCUUCAUGCCCAGCAAAAUAAUUGUGAGCUUAACGAUGGGCUGAUUAAAUUUAUCAAUGGACUAGAACAACUGAGUGCAGUGGAGAAACAUCACUUCCUCAAAUGGCUACAAUAUACGCUGGAUCACAUUGCUAAGGAUGAACAUUCCAGACUACAAGUUCAGUAUAAUGCUUUGGCAGGUGACCCACAAAAGCUAGAAGAACUAGAUAAAUUAAUCUCUGCUGGUUCCCUAGGGCUGGAACAUUUCCUGCGUGAGUUGGGACAGUUGUAUGAGGCUGAACACGCAAUGGUGAAGGAAGGUAAAAUGGCAGAAAGCCAAAAGCAAUUCACCCAUCUCCCAGGCAUAGCAGCUGACCUGAUGCUGGAAGGGUUUCCCAUGGAGCUGAUCGAUGGAGAUGUAUCCAACAUCCCACUGCAGUGGGUGACAGAUGUUCUGAGUCAGCUCCAUGCCAAGCUGGGGGGAAGGUCCAGAAUGGUGGUUCUAACGUUGCUGGGAGGGCAGAGCACUGGGAAAUCCACCCUCCUCAACACCAUGUUUGGCCUGCAGUUUGCAGUGAGCAGUGGCCGAUGUACGCGAGGAGCCUUCAUGUCCCUCAUUAAAGUGGCAGAGAACUUUCAGCAGGAGCUGGGCUGUGAUUUCAUCCUGGUGAUAGACACAGAAGGGCUGAAAGCCCCUGAACUGGCCAAAUUAGAGGACAGUUAUCAACAUGACAAUGAGCUGGCCACCCUGGUGAUUGGACUGAGUGACAUAACCAUCGUUAACAUGACCAUAGAGAACGUCACCGAAAUGAAGGAUGUUCUGCAAAUUAUGGUCCAUGCCUUUCUCAGAAUAAAGGAAAUCGGGCAAAACCCCCAGUGUUUAUUUGUGCAUCAGAACGUCAGUGAUGUGUCUGUGCAUGGACAAAACACGAGGGACAGGAAACACCUUCUGGAGCAGCUGAAUGAAAUGACCAAAGCUGCAGCAAGGAUAGAAAAACUACACAAAGAAGUGACAUUCUCAGAUAUUAUGGACUAUGAUCCAAAAAUACAAGAUUGGUACCUCCCCAGCCUGUGGCACGGAGUCCCUCCCAUGGCGCCAGUGAACUUGGAAUACAGUGAGAGCGUGGGGGAGCUGAAGAAACACCUGUUUCAAUUUAUAAGGAUCCAUUCAGUUGAGAUUGCUCCCAAAAACAUUCCCCAGUUUACUGAAUGGGUGAAGAGCCUGUGGAAUGCACUGAAGCAUGAGAACUUCUGCUUCAGCUUCAGAAACCCCUUUGCCACAGAGGCCUACAACCAGUUGUCUGCCAAGUUUUCUGAACUGGAAUGGGAGUUGAAAAAGAAGAUGCAUCUCUGGCUGUCUGAACAAGAAACAUUCAUCCAGAAUCAGGCACCAGAUGAACUGGAGAGCGAGAUCUUCGCCCAAUUAAGUCAGGAAACCCAGCAGAAACUGCAGCAUGAAGAAGACAAGAUUUUUGAGUGUUUGGAAAAAUAUAUAAAAGAUGGGGCAUCAGGCACGCACAUGCUAGAGAUCAAAGAAGAUUUCAUCAGGAGCACAAGAAGCACGACAACUACGUUUCACCAUUAUUCACACCAACAGCUGGAGAGAGCAAAGAACAAUAGAAAGCACCAUUGUAAGUAUUACAACAGCGAGGCUGAGUUCAGGAAAAUAAUUGAACGGGAGGUUGACAAGCUUCUGGAAGACUGCAGGAGCCGUGAGAGUAAACUGAACAAUGAGGAACUGGAGCAGGAAUUCAAAGCAAUGUGGAGAGAGGUGUUGUCCGAGUCAAUGUUAUUUUCUUCAAUGAAGCGACUGAUUUUUCAAGAAAUGCAAAGCCUGCUGCAAGAGGACCUGGAGAUUCGAGGGAAACUGAUGCCUCAAGAAGCUAGGAGCUUGCUAUAUUAUUCAAUGAGUUCUUUCACAAUGAAAAAAGAAUACUUAGAUUUAGCAUGGUCUGAAACUUUGAAGGAACUAUUCACAAAGGAAAGCUGGCAUAAAGCAGAGGAAAUUGCUACAUCCUUAAUGCACCAGUGCUCUGCUUACAUUGAUGAGAAAGCAAAUUCCAAAGGAGACUAUGACGAAAUCUAUUGCAGAGAAUUGCUGUGUAUGAUCAAUGAGAGACUCCAACAGGAGGAUGUUUCAAAACUUCACACUAGUGGCUGCUUUGAAGUUGACCUGAAGCUUCACAUUUUGGGAGAAGCUGCUAGUGUGUUUCAAGAAAUCCACGAUAGUUUUAUGGAAGAAACUGACCCUUGGCAAAGUCCAAAGGAACUUAAACUUCAGUAUUUCUCCAUCCUGAAAGAUCUUUACUUAGACAAAGAGGUAAGUCACAAGAGAGCCAGGGAUUUCAAUGACCAGUGUCUGAAACCUGCCCUGGUGGACUAUAUGAAGAAGAGGCUAGGAAUAGCAAUGGCAGAUGACAUUCUCAGAAAUGGACAGUCCAUCGAUUACACCAGCCGGGGCUUUUUCCAAUUUACCACGCAGAAAAAAUUGUUGGAGGAAAAUGAUUUUUACAACUAUGUGAGAUAUAUUGAAAACUAUGAAGAUUUUGUGAAAAGCCAGAUACAGAGACACCUGGUUGAUCACUACAGUGAGAACGAAGGCCUGGAAGAUUUGGAGAGAGAGAUUCUAUCCACUGUAAUAGAGAAAGUCAGGGGCGCUCUGGAAAACUCCGAAGAUAAGUCUAACACAGUUUCGGCCUUUAUAGACAACUUUUGCCAAGUGCUGCAGAAAGAUCUGGUCAUUUCCAAAGACUGCUUAGUAGGGAUACGGUUUAUAAACUCCAUUAACACUGGGAAAUUCGCUGCUUUCAUUCAGACUUCCCUUUCUGACCUGGAGCAACAAAUCUUAGCUGAAUUUAAAAAUUUGGAAGUAGAGUUUAAACUCUCCCUUCUGUCAGUGAAGCCCCAGGAUGAGAUCUUCAAGCGAGUGUUUGGCUGUGGGAAGCAGUGUCCAUUCUGUAACGUCCCCUGUGAGGCAGUAGGUACUGAUCAUAAGGAGCAUUUUGCAUCGGUACAUCGGCCUCAAGGAUUAGGGGCAUACAGGUGCAGUGAAACAAACAUACUCGUUUAUGAAUUAUGCUCCUCUGCUGUGGUUUCCAAUGGCACAUUCCUAUGCCCGGAGACACAAUGGGAAGUUCAUCUUUAUAAAGAUUAUCGCACUAUUUUUCCCGACUGGCGCAUCCAGCCAGACCCCAGCAUCAACGCCUCUGAUUACUGGAAGUUUGUUUUUAAGGAGUUCAAUCAAGAAUUUGCUGAAGCAUAUAUUGCCGAACCAGCCGAGCUCCCAGGGGACUGGGAAAAAAUAACCAAAGAGCAGGCCCUGGAGAGCCUGGAGGAAGCCUUCAAAAUGAAAUAACCAACAUGCUGAGAAAAUCCAUUUACAUGGCAGUUCAGUCACUUCAGCAGAACAACAGUUGGUGACGUCUGUUAUAUAAAUACUCAUUAAAAGUGUGUGGGUUUGUGAUCUGUGGAAAAUACGGAAAACUCAGGUACAAUUUGCAGCUUUCAAAUGGAGACUGAAAGUAAGAACAUUGGUUUUGUUUUGCAUCACGUAACUAUGUGAUACCUCAAAAAUAUGAGUGCGGUGCCAUCUUUCAAAUGUGGCAUGUCUACCAAUAGGAUAUAUGCCAUCAUGCGCCAGCAAUGCCCCUCUGCCAUGUACAUUGGUGAAACUGGACAAUCUCUGCGCAAAAGAAUAAAUGGACACAAAUCAGACGGCAAGAAUUAUAACAUUCAA